AUGGCCCCUGGCACAUCUCGCGUCCUCCUGCCGCAGCCUCCGUCCACAGAAGCGCCGCCGCUAGGAGGGAGCGGGCUGUCGCUAAUCUGGUGCCCAUACUGCGGGAAGGGGCGGAUUUUGGAGCUGAUGUCGAAUACAGAUGAGCACCCAAUGGAAAGGUUCUUCAAAUGCCCGAGGAAGUAUAGACAGUUUCCUCGCUGUGAUUUCUACAUGUUCGAAGAAGAAUAUGCCAACUUUCUUGUUCAUUAUGGGAUGCUUCAAGAAUCCGAGAUGUGCCAUUACCGUCCACUGGAGACGACAGAUUGUGUGGAAGCUGAGGUGUAUGAACAGGCGCUACCACUGAUGAAGAAAGAACCUGUUGGGGUGUAUGAUCCUCGGAGGACUGUGGCUUCGGCCAAGAAGGGAGGCACGAAGAAGCAAAAACAUUGGAAUUGGAUGAUGUGUGUUGGCGUUGCUGUCCUAGUGUUGUUAGGUUUCAAUUCGGCCAUUCUCCUUGUGUUGGUUGUCAUGCAAAUGUAUAAAUGA